AAGACUACAGGUAAACAUAGGUACGUUGGCCGCCUGUCUUUUGCUGUAGUAAAGUUAUAAAAAAGACGAAAAAUACCGACGUACCGCUAAAGAUUUUAUGCUAUUUCCUGUUACUGAUUUGCUAUACUUUAUUAUAGUUUCACGCUGGAAAUCCACUCUGCUGAAAGCAUGUUUGAUCUUGGUAGCGAUCUGCUUGGCCUACGCGGCUUUCACUGGACGGCUGAUGCAAUUAUCGCAGUCGUGUACACACAAACAAUCAAAAGUGACUAUCGGGAAACUGUGUGAUCUCUACAAAUCAAAGAUUAUCAAUGGUAAUCUCUGCAAUGACAUUUGCUCUGGGAAUAUCGAAUACAUUGAUUGUCUGCAUAGUCCCAGAGGUAAAGUAGUUUUAUUGGCGCAAUGGAAGAACCAGAAAAUCGUCCUCAAAACGAAGCAUCCCAGCGUGGACGCGUAUGCGCCUGUGUAUUCCGUGAUGGAGAACCUGGAAGGUAUUGCCGAGAAAAUGUACCCAGAAGACGUAAUUUUCAAGUCGUUGGUUGAGAGUCAAGCUCAAACGUACCUUGGGACAAUAAUAAAAGAAGGGGAUGAUGUCGUGGAUCGUUUUUGGUUUGGAAACUGGUCCAAAGAUCGUUUAAACACGCUUUCAUUUCAUGCAUCAAUGAACAGCCUUUGGAUGCUAAUGUCACAGGAUGAAUAUAUAUUCCUCAAGUAUCAUGACACCCAUCCUAAUGUACCACAAGUGUUAGGUGCUUGCGGGUACUUCUACGCAGUUGAAUACAGCCCCCCUGGUGUAAUCUUUGAGCCGGAAUUCUUGAACAUAGGCCAGCAGUUGCAGUCAGCACCAUGGCAGGGAAGAGCUAACAUCGCCCUGGGGCUUUUGAAGCUGAUAACAGCCUUUGAUAAAUCCUUCCCACAAAAGUUAUAUCACUGUGAUGUCAAGGAAGGGAACUUUGGGUUGCAAUCAAACACCGAAUGGGCAACUGAUGCUGUUGUGAAGGUGAUAGAUGUAGAUAUGGUGUUUUAUGAGAACAAAAUUGGAGAGAUAAUGGGCCAGGGUGAAUGUGUUAGGGACUCGGACUGCGAUUUCUUUCAUUGUAGAGGGCGAUGUAAUCAGGAAACGAGAAUGUGCUCUCCUGAAAUCAUUAGUUCAAACUUACAGGUGUUUUGUAGCAAUUUGUUUUUACCUAGACACGGAAAACCAGGUUUGUUACGUUACCCACCGUCAUCAAUUUCCAAAGAACUGGCAAUUGUAUUGGAGAAAUGCACAACUGUAGGCCAGUCUCCUAGGCAGGCUGACAUCCAGAAGGAGCUAAAGAGACUCCUCAUCAAAAGCCUUGAAUGAAUGCUGGAUGGAACUCCAAGAGAUUGUGUCUGAAGAAGAACAUGUAGCUAGGCCCUGGAGCUAGUAACAUUGCUUUGGCAAGUGAAAUCAUGUUGAUAUUUGUAAUAGAAUAUUACUUUUUGGUAAAGAAUUAUUGCAAUAAAUACAGUAUUAGUAGUAUUACAGUAGUACAAUAGAUGGCAGGUAGCCUAUGUUUAAGCCGACAUUGGGCCUACUAACAGUAAUUUUGUCACAAUGAUGUGGCAAUAUUUCGAUUCAGUCCUAAUUCAAAUUUGUAAAAUUUGUCUUCAUAUAGCAAACAUAAUGACUUCCAUUCCUUAUAUCUGCGGCAAUAAUAUUUACCUAGAUAUACAAUUUAUUAGAAUACUAACAUUUAUUAAUCAAAUAAAAAGAUGAUUAAUUAAUUUUAAUAAUUACUCAGAAGUAAACAUUUAUGAUUCAUUCAUACUAUUUUAUAAUGAAAUUAUUCCAGUUGUUUAUUUAAUGAGUUUAUUAUUGAUAGAAGCAUAAUGUUUGAAUGUGAGCCCGCAAACAUGCUGAUAUAUUUGUCAGAGAUUAUGUUUGUAAAAAAUGCAUUUUUAAGUUGUCUUUCUUUUCAGUGGUGGAACCAGUGAGGGUGGGUUCACGUUUGGGGUUGGGGUUCAGAAUAAAAUUUCUCUCUGUUGGGCAAGUAUAGACCACUUUGUCAUCAAGUGCCACUUGGGCUAAAAAUAUUAACCCCUGUUGGAUCUUCUUCCUCCCAAUUGUUGACAAAUUUUUGGAGCCACCACAAUUGCUUUCUGCUUAUAUUUACCUUCGAAUUCUGUAUUUUUGCAAAUGAGAAUUGUCUGAAAUAUACCAUAGUUAUUAUAAUUAUACUGUAGAUAGUAAGAAGACGAUAAUGAUGUGAUUAUGAUUACAGUAUAUUUUGUGUUCAAAUGUCCCGUAUCUUUGCUGUCUUUUCAGUGGCAAUCUAAACCUAUCUACAUGGGGAGGAGCGAUUUUAGCUUAGUGUAUAUAUGUACAGUACAUGGGGAGUGGUUGUUGGGUUGGGGGGAGGCUGAGAAAGUGAGGGUGCUCUAGAUUGGAGAAUGAAGUGAUGAGGUAAUUUUUUACAAAUUCAGUGUAUUUUUUUUUCUCAGCAAAGUUUUCAGUGGGGUUCACCCGCCCCACUCGUUGAGAUAUGCCACUAAUUCUGCUUAAGUAGUUAAAUGUUGAAUGGAAUCUCAUAAAUAUAUUUAUGAAGGUAGUUAUUUUAACUAUGUGUAUGGUAAUGUAACAUUAGAGUUAAACUAUAUAAUUGUUUAUAUACUAUAUGUAAUGAAUUAAUAAAUCAUAUUUGGUAAUAAUAAUAAAAUAUUUAUAUGUAUACCAGGUUUAUAUAAUAAAUUUCCUGUUAUGUUCAAAUGUUGUAACUUUUUUUUAUAAACAUAUCAACAUUCCGGUGAAUGAUGUACUAGUUGUGUUAUAUUGCAAUACUUAGGCAAGAAUUUGUAUAUACCUUGUUUACCGAACACACUGCAUGCCUAUGAUGAUGAUUUCGAUUAAAAAUAAAAUUUCAUUUUUGUCCAAUUAGCGCAUCCGCUGCCACAAAAAAAAUAGAAAUUUCAGAAAAAAGUAACUUUUUCUUUACUUUUAUUACGCCCACUGCUGCCUUGAAAUCUCCAAAAAUAUGAUAUGUAUAUUUCUUCCUAAUUACAUAAAUUUAAAGCAUUUAACCAUCCCAUUACUACACUGUUUACAUUCACCAAUAAAAUUGGCUGUCAUUUAAACUGAUAAACUGUUAACUAAAACCACUGCUAAUUAUUUUACUCAUUGAGAUGAGAGAGGGAGAGAUGGUGUUUUACAAUUGAUUUAUCCUUAUAAUGUAAUUUAUAAUAUUACUUAAUUUAUGUAUACUUGUAUAAAAUAAGUUACAAAUGAUGAGUUUUAAUCUAUGUUAUCGGUAUUUUCUUUUAUCUGAAUGUUAGAACUCCAAAUUGAUCAAACUAGCCUGUGUGGAAAAUGUUUCAUAUGUGAAGUAUUUUUAGAUAUUCUCAAAGAUGAUUGCAUCAUUACUUUCCAAUACUGUGGCUCAUUAUUUAUGUAUAAGUACAAACUCUUUCAGAAUAUGAUUUAUAUUUCACAAAUUGCAGUUACUAGUUUCUACUGGGCAUCACCUUGAUUCACACCACUAAUUUACCCCCCCCCCCCAAUUUGUAUAAAUUUUUGAUUUACAUUAGUCUUUUAAAUAUUUUAAAAUUUGAUCUCAAAGAUUAUUGCAAUGUUACUUUCCAAUUCUGUGGAUCAUUAUUUAUGUAUUAAAGUACAAACUCUCUCCGAAUGUGAUUUAUAUAUUAAAAUUGCAAAUGAUAUAAGUUUUAUUCUAUGUUACUGGUAUGUUCUUUAAUAUCUGAAUGAUAGAACUCCAAAUUGAGCAAAUUACUAGCCUGUGUGGCAGAUGUUUGAUUUAUGUUAAGUCUUUCAAAUGUUCUCACAACUGAUCUUAAAGGUGAUUGCAACGUUGCUUUCUAAUAUACAUGUAAUGUAUACAUGAUCAUUAUGUAUAAAUGCAAACACUCUCAGAAUACCAUAUAUAUAUUUACGACUAAAAAGUAUAUUUUGUAUAAAGUGCUUGACAUUUACAUUUUAAAAAUGAUAUUCCAUGAUUUUUGCUCAAAUUUAUUUGAGACAUCUGUUUAGGUGAAACCAUAGAUUUUAAAGAUGUAAAAUGAAUAAUUAGCAUGCGUUUCUUACUUGUUUGCUUUUAUUCUUUCUUGAUUUUGCUUUUAAGAUUCUUUGCAUUGGUGUAACGCCUAUGAGCUCUUGUGAGAAUGAAGCCCCGGGCCCCCAGUCCAAAGGUGCCCCAGAGGGGCUUUUCUACUAAAGCAUAGUACUCUUUGAUAUUAUGGUCUAGCAGAAGACAUGCAAAACCAGCAAAUUAAAACAAUGUAAUUCCUGGUUUAUAACUCACAAAAAAUGUUCUGUGACUCUUUUAUACAAAUAGCAAUUCCAAAUGCAAAGGUGUUCUACAGUUGGGCUCCACCACAAAAAGAAAUUUGCUAGUCUGAAAUAAUCAAGAAAGGGCUACUGGAAUUCACAGAGAUUGAAGGGGCCUCUCAGCCACUUUCAUGACAUACGCGCAUGGUACCCCCAGCACUUUAUCGCCCCUGGGCCCUGCGACUCGCCAUUUCGCCACUGGUUCUUUGUGUCUUGUUUGAUGAUGUUUUAUAUUUAAAUCUAGUUUUAAGCUUUUACAAUCUAAUCUAAGGGUCUUUCAUUCACUAUCCAUGUAAACUUACUACUACAUUGUAUUUUAGAAAAUUUUGUAAUUAUAGAUCGUUGACAUAAUAUUGUUCAUAUCUACAUGUUUAUGUAUGUUAAAAUGAUGUCUGUUUAUUUAUACUGUCAACUGUAUUUUAUAGAUUAUAUAAAUGAAUAAACCAUAUACGAAAUUUCAAA